UCUCUCUGACUUCCAAAUUAUGGUGUGAAACACAAGAUUAGUGGUUUUUAGUCGUCGUCUCCACUCGGCUUGACGCGUGCAUUCUUACCUCCUCGACCUUCGCCCUAUAAAUUCCAGCAGCCCAAAUUUGAAAAUCCUCGUCAAAAGAAAAGUAACUUAGGCUACACUUUAGAUUUUUCUUUCUUUUUGAAAAAUUUGGUAAAGGGAAAAUGGGAAGUGAAGCUGGGAUUGUGAGGAAACCCAGAUUUCUUGGCCUCCAUGGAUUUAGAACAAGUGGAGCGAUUCUCAAGACACAGAUAGAGACCAAAUGGCCUAAAUCGGUAUUGGAAAAGAUCGAUAUCGUUUACCCAGAUGCGCCGUUUCCAGCUCAGGGGAAAUCCGAUGUCGAAGGGAUCUUCGAUCCUCCUUAUUACGAGUGGUUUCAAUUCAAUAAGGAAUUUACGACUUACACAAAUUUUGACGAAUGUCUUGCUUAUAUUGAAGAUAUUAUAAUUAAACAAGGACCUUUCGAUGGCCUUCUAGGUUUUUCACAGGGAGCAAUCUUAUCGGGUGGGUUGCCCGGAUUGCAGGCGAAGGGUAUGGCGCUUACAAAAGUUCCCCAAAUAAAGAAUUUGAUAAUAAUUGGAGGGGCUAAAUUCAAGAACGUAACAGUGGCAGAAAACGCUUAUUCUUCUCCCAUCCACUGCCCAUCUCUUCACUUUUUAGGAGAGAAUGAUUUCCUGAAACCAUAUGGAUUGGAGCUGUUGGAAUCGUGUGUAGAUCCUGUUGUCAUCCAUCACCCAAAGGGCCACACUAUUCCCCGAUUUGAUGAAAGUGGCUUAAAGAUGAUGCUGAGCUUCCUGGAGAGGAUUGAAAAGGAUAUUUUGUCUGAACAAGAAAAGGAUGUAUGCUAUAAAGAGGAAGAGAAUGUCGUAGAAGCUUAAAGAAAUGGAUAUACUUAUUACCGGGCCAACAAAUACAUAUGUUAUCAUUAUAACAAGAAUAAUACUUUUAAAUUAAUUUCAGAA